AUGAAUGAUGGAGAUGACUUUGAUUCCUUGGUACAAGGUUACCACUUUUGGACGGAUGAAGUCGAAUCAGUCAGAAGGAGGACUCUUGCACAGGAUGGAAAGAAAUAUAGAUAUUUUGAUGACAAGGGUAUAUUCAACUUCGUGUUCUUCAUAUGGAUCUACAAAUGGGUAAAAACAGUGGCGGAAAGAUACUUGGACCCUUAUAUGCUCCACCCUCUCCCACUGGCUGAUCAGAUUCUCAUAUGGCAGCCUAUUCUUUCUAAGCACAUUAGUGAUGGUAUUGCAAGCCUGGAGGCAUAUGAGACCCUAGUAGAAGAAAAUAAUGAUAAGAAACCAGUUAGAUACAUCUUAUGGAGAGCCAUAGUUUUGACCUUUUGGAAAAGGUUAGUUGGCAUAUUAGUUACAGUUGUUGUAAUGAAUGCCAUAGGGACUAGGGUUGCUAUAUAUCUUCAUAGAUUGCUUCAUUUGUUGUCAGAAGGGCACUUUGGAUUUUUAUCGUUUCUCUUACUUGCGCUAUCCAUUAUUCUCAUGGAACUGGUCAAAGAUAUUGGAAUGUAUCACAUUAACUACUAUGUUUCAAGGUUACAGAUAGUAAUGGAUUCCACACUUCGCAUAGUUGUAUUUCAACACGGUUUAUGCUAUAGACGGAAUAGAUUUUUGAACUUUUCCGAUAGUCCUAACUCUUGUAAGAGCAUCAUACACAAUUGCUCCGGGGAGGAUGCGUGCACAGACAAUCCUCUCCUGUGUCCUGCUAGACGCUACAAGAACAACGAAGUCACACCAAAGAUGUACGCCUUGGUUCUAAAUGAUUCACAUUAUAUUCCAUAUGCAGUUGAGUGUGCUUCUGGUUUAGUGGACUUUUUGACCACCUUUACGUAUGGACUCAUACUUAUCAGUAGCCAAUUCAACAUGAGGGCAAUGACUAUUCUCAUAGUAUCUUUAUCUUUGGUCACCUGUAUGAUCCUUGUAGAAGUUAUUAAUGGCUUUGUUUUCAAAUAUUAUAUUGGAAUUAGGGAUAAUAGGAUUUCUAAAUCUGAGGAAGUUAUAUCUGGCUUACACUUGAUUGAGAGGAUGGCACUUGAUGACAUUGGUCACGAUAUUAUUACGGAGGCCAGAAAUGAUGAACUACUUCUCGUCAUCAUCCGUUUCUUUAUAUCGCUCAUAAAUAAGGUUAUAUUUACAGCGAUCACUUGUUUGGAUAUCAUCAUUUUGGUUAAUGACUUUGUCACCCAAGUUAGGGAUACUACCGAUGUAAAGAGUAUUGACCCUUCGGGGCUAUUGGCAUCCAUAUUUAUCAUCAUGAAAAUAGUUGGCCCACUAUAUACCUUAUCCUUCAGACUAGAACUUUUAAUGAUUACUAUUAACGCAUCAAGAAGACUUGAAUUAUUCUUCAGAACUUGCUCACCAAACUUUUAUUUACAGGAUAACAAGUUUACUGGGAGGAAUCCUUUGCCAGAGGCACUACCUGAUAAGAACAAGACGUUACCAAAGGGUCUAGUUGUGAUGUUUAAGAAGGCCUCUUUUGCAUGGGUCAACAGUAGGAAGGAUCUUCUUGACAAUACUGGUACUACUUGUCUUAGGAACCUUGACUUUGUCCUCAAUACUGGUGACCUUGCCAUCAUUACUGGUGCUCAAGGUUCUGGUAAGACCAACUUUGUCAAGGCUAUCCUUGGUGACAUGACUCUUGUUGAAGGAUCAAUGGCUGUGUUACCUCUAUCUACCAACAUGCCAAUAUUCUAUGCCUCUCAGGAAGUAUGGCUACAAAAGGGUACCAUCAGGGCUAACAUUACCUUUGGUCACAGGUUUGAUGAGGAUAUCUACAACACAGUUCUGAAGGCUAUUGAACUUGAACAUGACAUAUCGACUUGGGAAGGAGGUGACCUGCGUAAGAUCUCUGAACAUGGUUACUCUCUCAGUGGAGGUCAGAGAGUCAGAAUUGGACUUGCUCGUGCCAUCUAUGCCUACCUCAUCUUUAGCAAGGUAACUAGAGAGAGUGAAUCUGACCAUUCAUUCCUUGUGGUAAUAGAUGACUGCUUCACUGGACUAGACCCAUUUGUUGCAAGAACCAUCUUUAAAAACUUGUUUGAUAAUGGCAAAGGUUUGCUUUCUGGUAGAGAUGCUGCUACGGUACUUACCAUAACUAAGCGUGUGUUAGACACUUGUGUAUCAUCAGAGUUACCAGAUUCAUUCCCGGAUGCUCCAAUAUACACAUUGAGGAAUAAAACUCUUGUGCAUGAAAACAUGCUAAGGUCAUUUACGGAUAAUAAAAUUGGGGAUCUAGAAGUUGCAAAAAUCUCUGACUAUAGAGUUGAGCUUAAGACUAUGUCAAACUAUAUCCGUAGGAAUUGUUUAUCUGAUGAUUAUUCCCGUAGUAAACGUAGAGAGAUUGUUGAAUCAAAAUAUACUGAAUCACCAACAGCCCAGGCUUUGCAUAAUUGUAAUAAUGUGUUAUCUGUAAAAGAUAGUUUAAGGUCCUAUAAGGUUUACUUCCGUGCAGCUGGUUUACCCAUUAUAUUAUUCUUUGUCUUAACUAUCAUUUUUGCAACAUUGGAUAAUACAAAAUUCAUUAUUACUUCUCGAAUUUCUGAUUCUGUCCUAGAUUACACAAGGGGGUAUGAUGGAAACGUAACUUCUCUUGAGGAUAUAAGGUCUUAUUGUACAAAAAUUUUGGGAUGGGUUACAGUUAUUUCUGAAGCUGUUAUGAUUGGAGCUUUAUUACGCAUUAUUGCAAUGGCCAAGGCGUCUUUUAAUGUCUCACGUAAAACCCAUGAGUAUUGUGUCAACUCUCUCUUCGCAAAUAGUUCAGCAGUUCUCAACAUUAAGAAAUCGUUGAGUGCUAUUUUGACAUUCUUGUAUAUGGAUACACUGUUUAUUGACAAUUCGGUUGGUUAUUUUAUCCAUGAAGCGUGCCUUUCACUGAUAGAAUCCAACGUACAUCUUCUCACACUUCUUUUUAUGAUACCUUGGUCUGCUCCACUCGUCAUCAUACUUUUACUUGUCAUUCUGAAAUUAAUUGCACAAUACUUUUUUAAAGCAUGUAGAAAGAUCGGGUUUGCACGCUUGGAGUCUUUUUGUCAGAUGGAUUCCGUUAUAGAGUCGGCGAUUUCUGGUUUGCCGCUUUAUCGGAGCUUUAAAAAGGAGUGGGAACUGGUGUAUAAUAUGAUAGAACAUGUAGAUUACAAUCUUCGUUGCAAUUAUUUGUCUCGCUCUAUCAUAACAGGUAGUUCUAUUGCUUUCAGAUGUUUAUUUUCACCAUUGGCUCUUUUCAUUCUCCUCUUUCCUCUUAUUCGUUCCAGGUAUUUUGGUGCAGAGAUUAGGAUAGGUUACUAUGGUAUGGCAUACUCUAUAUUUAUCAGUCUGAAUAGCUCAUUUUCUAAUUUUUUGGGGCUCUACUCUUAUUUGGAAUCGUCCGUAAUGUCUGUAAGAAGAUUUGAAAGUUUUGUACCCCCCAAUACUCUGGUAGUUUUUGAUAGAAAAAGGGAUAUAAAUCGAACGGAUAUCAUUGUAGAUCGCGUUGGAAGAAACACUGAAUUUUUGUGUAAUAUUGAAAAUUCAAUUGUUUCUAGACGUUGUUUUGAUUACAUUUCAAGAAGAUCAAUUAACCUUUCCGGAUUCAGAAUAUUAUUUUUCAACCACCAUGUUAAUAUACUUGACGUAUCCAAGUACACUAUCCCAGGUGUAACUAGGAUAAAGUUGGAUAAUGUUAAUGUACAUAUUUUUAACAAAAAAACAGGAAUGAAGUAUGCUAUUCUAAAGAAUAUUACAUGCUCGGCUAAUACUUCUGACAUUAUUGGAGUCAUUGGUAGAACUGGCGCAGGGAAGUCUACCUUAUUGUCAGUUCUCCAGAACCUUGCAGAGAAUAGAGAAGGUUCUGUCCUUCUAGACGGUUGUGAUUUAAAUGAUAUGCCAAAGAAUGUGACUAGGCAGAUCAUCGGUGUCCUACCCCAACUACCAUUUGUAUUCAGAGGCUGGACAGUUCGCAGAUUCAUUGACCCUAGAAUGUUAUUUGAAGAUGUUGAUAUUAAUACAGCCCUGGAUAAUUGUGGCUUGCUCAAGUUUGUUGAGAACCUCUCAGGUGGCAAGGGCCUUGACACAGUCAUUAUACCUGACCAUUACCACAAGGAUAUGCCAAGGUAUUACAAGAGAGUGUACUAUGGACCUACUUUAAAGCCACAUGAUGCCUCUUCUGCAGAUAAUGUGAACAUUGACUAUGGAUCAGCACUGUCAAACUCACAAUUACGUACACUAUCAGUAGCAAGACUAGUGCUCUACAGGGAAUUCUUCAAGGUUCUCCUGGUUGAUGAACCUCCAGAAGAUGAACUUGGAGCAUACAAUACUGCAGAGACUCCCAUUUAUGAGCUCAUAAAGACCCACUUUCAACAUUGUACAACAUUUAUUGCAGCACAUGAUUCGAGUGUCUUGCGUUUCUGCACCUCAGUCUGGGUUUUUCACAAAGGUUCUCUCAUUAGGACCUGCAAGACUGAGGAUAUCGUAGAUACUGGGUCACUCUCCAAAAUUAUAGAAGACUGCAUCUCAGAGGAAAAUUAA